AAGAGCGCGCGUGGGUGAGGUUUACAAGUUGCGCAUUGUUGAAGUAUCAAAAUGAAAGUGCCAUUUCCCAUGAUAUCACAUCCCUGACGUCAACAAAUUGGUGAAUGACGGACUGAAAUGCAUUAUAGUCUAAUGAUCAACAAUCAGCCAUAGCCUAGUCAAUAGAGAAUAGACUACGUAGAUUUAGAGAGAGGAGAUAAACAAGAGAAGAUAGCUACUUAUGGACGGAGAGAAGAAGAGGAAGAGAACAAAUAACGGCGAGGCUAACGGCGGCGAUUGGAACAAACAUGAGAGAGAAAGUGCUGCGAAUGAGGAUAUCGCGGUGGCGCCGCCGCCUUCGGAGGCGGAGGUCGACGAGUUCUUCGCGAUCUUGCGGAGGAUGCAUGUGGCAGUGAAAUAUCUCCAGAAAAGUGGCCAGAAGAGAGUUGUGCCAAAAGGCGAUUUGGACCUCAACACUCUGCCAGAAAACGGAGACUAACGCCGUCUAAUCUUAAGUGAGAGAAGUGCGCAGUUGGUGCAUUUUAGCCGGGGAAGAUCCUGGAGGCGUAUCCACUGUAUAGGUUAAGCUUUUGUUCCUCUUAUCGCUAAUAACAAGUUUAAAAUCUCUUUUUUUAAAGAGAAUUCUACCAAUUUGUUUGGUUUGAACUUCAAACUUUUAAGUAACAAAAAUCUCCAUAUGCUUCAAUA